AUGAGUUCAGAAAUCAACAUAAGACAACUGCUUUAUUAUAAACAAGUUAAUCCCAGUAUUAUUUUAACUUUAUUGUGUAGAUCCAACUUAGUAAUCACUUAGAACAGUUAAAACUAUGCAACAUAGACUUAAUUAAUUGAGAUCUACUGCUUAAAGUGAUUUUAGACUUACCACUCUACAAACUUAAACACCCAUUCAUAACUUUAGAUAUGGAUUUAAUGUAGAUGAACAUCAGAAUUAAAAUUCUUAAAUCCAUUUCUUAGAGGGUUUUGAUCAUCCAUUCAUACAUAUUAAUGUAAUAGAAUAUUAAUUCAGAGUUAUAUUACAGAGAGUAAAAAGAAUAUAGCACAAUUACGUGAUUAGUCGAAUAGAAUACGUUUGGAAAUGUCGAAUAUUAUAUCUAAACAAGAAUCUGAAUUAAAUCAAUUAUAAAUAAAUUUUAGAGAGUCUCUAAACUAAAAAUAUAAACUAUUGAAAGAGGAUAAUGUGUAAUUUAUUGAGGAAUAAUAUAAAUUAUCUAAAGAAUACUAAAGACUAGCUAAAUCAAAAUAAAUUAUGGAAGAAAAACAUCAAUUAUUAUUAAGAAGAGUAGUAUAAUUAGAAAACAUUUUGCAAGGAGUAACACUUGAAUUAUAACAAUGA